AAUAGAUUGAAGAACUUCAGUUUGAGUCGAAUUUUGAAGAACUUAGUAGCUGCUUUCCUUUCCUGUUCUCCUUCCUUUCACCAAGGGAAGCCAAGCCAACACAGAAAAGAUCAUAUUUUUUCAUGUUUGUGUGCUAUCCUACUACACAUUUAUGAAAUCAUGAAUGGUUUGGAUUGGCAGAGCGAGAGAUAUGGAAGGAGAAGACAACCACAACAAGGUUGAAAAGUUCAAAGUUGGGUCUUUACCAACUCUAAUGUACAUACCUGACUUCAUAACUCAUGACCAACAAACCAUCCUUUUAAACAAUAUCAAUGGAGCUCCUCAAUCAAAGUGGAAGUCUUUGAAGAACAGAAGGCUACAGAAUUGGGGUGGUAUUGUGCAUGAAAAGGGUCUUCUGUCACAACAAUUACCACCUUGGCUAAUGAAGAUUACUCAGAAAAUAUGUGAAGAAUCAGGACUUUUCCCGGCACCAAUCAAUCAUGUUCUUAUCAACGAAUACCUCCCUAACCAAGGGAUCAUGCCACACCAGGACGGACCAGCUUAUUUCCCAGUAGUGGCGAUUCUAUCUCUCGGCUCGCCUGCUGUUAUGGAUUUCACUCCCCACUCAAGAUUGAUGGAAAAAAGCCAUGAAGAUGACGAUCAAAGGUUAGACGAUCACCAACCUUUUUCGGUCCUACUCAUGCCUCGUAGCUUGCUGAUAUUCAAAGACUCGGCAUAUUCAGACUACUUGCACGGUAUAAAGGACUCGAAAAUACAGAGUUUUAAUGGGGUUGUAAAUGAAGUUGAGGCUUAUAAUCAGCCAGAGCUAGAUUUUGCAGCAUCACAAGAUGUCAAGAAUAUCCAUAGAACUACCAGUAGAGUUUCACUAACCUGUAGAUUAGUAUUGAAAGUUCAUAAAAAUUUGUUCAAGGUUUGAAUUUGAAUGCCAUUUUGGCCAAAGUGGUAUAAUAUUUAAACAGUUUAAUCACUAGGCUACUUUCAUGA